AUAUGCUCCAGAUAUGAGUCAGCAGGAUCCCUCAGCCCGCCCCUCGAGGCCGCAAUCACGGCCCUCCGCCCACACCUUCACUAUCCGCCAUUUAACCCCCGAAGAGGGGGAGAGGCGGGCAUCCAGCUGGCGCUGAUUUUCAUUGCCCACAGCUCCUUGGAUCCGUGGGCUUCCAAGGCAGAGAGCAUUCGCCCCGAGAACGUUGCAAUCUGCGGGUAACAGCCAGUGCUGGAGCUGCAAAAACUGGGACCAGCCCUCCACUGGCCUCUGACUUGACCCUCCCCAGUGGCCUUGUGCUGCUGCGUCAGAUAUUCUCAGCUGCAACUCCCUGCAAGGUGAGGCACCCAUCUCAGGCAGAAGGUUUUGGUGCACCCCACGAUCCUUCUCCCCAGGACUGUCGCUGCCCGUGGCCUCAGGAUGAAAGGGGAGACCCCUGUGAACAGCACUAUGAGUAUUGGGCAAGCCCGCAAGAUGGUGGAACAGCUUAAGAUUGAAGCCAGCUUGUGCCGGAUAAAGGUGUCCAAGGCAGCAGCAGACCUGAUGACUUAUUGUGAUGCCCACGCCUGUGAGGAUCCCCUCAUCACCCCUGUGCCCACUUCGGAGAACCCUUUCCGGGAGAAGAAAUUCUUCUGUGCCCUCCUCUGAGCUGCCCUGUCCCUCCUCACAACUCUUCACCCUUCCCUCUCCCGGGCCCUUCCUCAUUUAUGUCAGGAACUGUGGUGAGCCCACUAGGAUCCCUGCAUCCCAUCCGUAGCCCUUUCCCAACCCUGUGAGGUUAGCUGAAGCACAAGGCCCUCCCUCACCUAUCUGCCGACCCCAUUUCCUCGCCCACUGAGGCGGACCCAAAGCACCCCGUGACUCGGGGCACCCUUAGCUCCACCCACAGAAGGGCUGUCAGACUCUGCCAGCGUCCUGCCCGCUUCCCUCUGUGACCCGCUCAGACAAUGGAGAGAGGGAUGGGCUGGGUGCUGGCUCUCAGUCUCACCUGGAACUAUUGGAAGUGUAAAGCCAUUUGAAGAAUAAAGUCAUCCAGAGUCUCA